CAUCCCCCGGCCAGACAGUCAUUCAGACCAGCUUCCCCCACGAUGGCGAGUUAUUUCCCUCCAAAUGGAGUCAUCUCCAACCAUGCUUCCACUCGCACCUCUCCGGCGUCCUCCCCGCUUUCACCGCCAAUACACCAGCGAUCGAAUGCCUUGUCCAACCGACUGACAAGUGUACUUUCGGCCUCGUAUGCGGAUUCGGAUAUUCGCGAUGCGCUGGAGACCCUCAGUCUCAGAGGAAUACAUAAUACGGCAGAGGUCCGACGACAACUGCGCUUGGAUGUUCAGAAAGAAGUGGUCGAUAGCAAUGCUGAGAUCGUGCGAGACUUUGGGUUGGUUGCGGAGCAAUUGAAACGAAUUGGUACCGUGAUCUCGAAUUUGAACCAAACAUGCGAGGAGAUGCGAAAACACAUAGUCUCUGCCAGACAGGAGACGACACCAGUGCUUGAAGAAGCAUCGGCGCUGAUGAAGCAGAAGCAAGAGGCGGAAACCAAACAACAGUUGCUGGAGGCUUUCACUCAGCAUUUCAUUGUCCCCGAUGAGGAUCUACUGAUCCUGACGUCCGCCGAAGAGCCCAUCGAUGAUCACUUCUUUGAUAUCCUCGCUCGGGUGAAACAGGUGCACCGUGACUGUGAGGUGUUGCUGGGGGGUGAGAAUGAGCGAUUGGGUCUGGAGCUUAUGGAGAAGAGCUCUAGAAGCCUGAAUUCUGCCUACCAGAAGCUCUACAGGUGGAUACAAAAGGAGUUCAGGUCCCUGAACCUCGAAGAUCCCCGCAUCAGCAGCUCCAUCCGGCGCGUUCUGCGCGUACUGGCGGAGCGACCAAGCUUGUUUCAUAGCUGCUUGGAUUUCUUCGCAGAGGCUCGAGACUAUGUCCUGUCUGACGCCUUCCACUAUGCCCUUACGGAUGCGGUUUCUGGCACUGCAGGUGACCAGAGCGUGAAGCCGAUCGAGUUCUCCGCUCAUGACCCCCUGCGGUACAUCGGAGACAUGCUGGCCUGGGUGCAUUCCACCACCGUCUCUGAACGGGAGGCAUUAGAGGCCCUCUUCGUCGCAGACGGGGAAGAGCUUGCCAGAGGCAUUCAGGCCGGUCUAAGCAGUGAGCCCUGGUCUCGAAUCGAUGAAGACAAGGAAGUAACUUUCGACGGGCAAAAGGCCCUCAGCGACCUUGUCAACCGCGACCUUAUUGGCGUCUCUCGAGCCCUACGACAGCGAGUCGAGCUAGUCAUCCAGGGCCACGACGACCCCGUCACCUGCUACAAGGUGGUCAACCUCCUUUCCUUCUACCAGACGACCUUCUCCAAGCUGCUAGGUUCCCAAUCCAACCUGGCUGAAUUGCUCGAGACUCUCGAAAAGUUCACCUUCAAGCACUUCGAGACCCUCAUGCAGGACGACGUCAACAAUCUCUCAACCGACCACCUAGCCCUUACUCCCCCACCGGACCUCUCCGCGCCUCAAUUCCUCCAAGACGCCCUCGAAGUCCUCACCUCUCUCAUGAAGACCCACGAGGCCUCAUUCGGCGCCGAACCCGUCUCUACCACCCCAGACGACAACUCCACCGCACCCAAGGAGAAUCGAUUUACCCCCGUCCUUCGCGCAGCCCUGGAACCCUUUCUCGACCUAGCCAAAUCUUCGGCAGCGGACCUCCCCAAUCCCACCACGCAAACCAUCUACCUGACAAACAUCCACCUCACAACCCGCACAGCCAUCACCUCCUACCCUUUCGCAAGCGCAACCCACCUCUCCCCACUCCAAACAGCCCUCUCCACUCUCCGCAUGGACCUCCUCAACAUCCAACACCGCUACCUCCUCACCUCCUCCGGCCUCCAAACCCUCCUCACAGCCCUGGAACCUUUCUCCCUCUCAUCCUCCUCAGCGCCACCACCCCCUGGAACAACAGACCAACAACCCCCCAACAUAGCAGACAUCACCACCCUCCCCGCAUUCCACCCCUCCGCCCUCAUCGCCAUCAGCCAACAACUCGACGACUUCCUCCCCUCCGCACUCAUGGACGCAACCGACAACCUGAAGCGCGUACAGAGCGCCACCUUCGUGAAGAGCGUGACCGAGGAAGCCGUCGAGGCAUUCUGUCGCGAUUUUGAGUUCGUAGAGGGUAUGAUUAUCGGGGCGGACGAAGCGAGAGGUAGAGUUGAUGUUGUGAGGGGUGAGGGCGAUGAGAAGGAAGAAGAGCACGGGGAAGAAGAGGAUGAGGCGGGAGACAAGGAAUGGGGAUUGAGGAAGUUGUUCCCUAGAACUACUGGGGAGAUCAGAGUCCUGUUGAGUUAGGCUAGGGUUACUAGUACUAGGUGGAAGGGGGGUUGCUGUGUUGUGGUGUAUAUAUUUUGCAGUGUAUAGUUUAUGGCAAGUCUAGACUGUUCUACAGUUGUG